AUGUCCUCUUUUUAAAACUCACCAUUAUCUGCAGAAAACUAUGAAUAAAAAGUUUAAGAUUGUUUCAAUGAAGUAUAUGAAUAAAUUGAUGUAUGUUUUAGUAUUUCUAGUAGAUUCAAAGUCAUCCUAUGACAAAAUAGGUUAAUUAAUUGAUUAAAUUCUUUUGGAUUAAAUUUAACCUAAUGUUUCCAAUUUAUCAUUUCAAUCCAUCAGCAACUAACCUUUCAUUUUAUCAUCAUUAACUUUUUCAAAUGAUUACAUCAAUCCUAUUCUAACAUAGUAAAUCAUAUCUGAAUUAUAACCAUCAAUAAAAUUUAUUGUGCAAAGAGAAGUUAAAAAUAAGGAAUAAAUAUUGACUCAAUUAUUUUAAUCAAAAUUGGAUAAAGAAAUUGAAUAAAGGAAGAAAGAAUAAACUAUAUAUAUGGAAAUCAUAUAAAAGAAAGAUAAAGAGAUUUAAUAAAUCAAUUAAAAUUAAUAUAUAGAAGAAAAACAAAAGAAAUAAAUUAUAGAAGUUUAAAAUCUAAACUAAUUCUCCUUUGAGCUCAUUAUUGAAAAUUCAAUAAAGUAAAAUGAAACAUGUUGUGCAAUUGCUUUUAAUUCAGACUAAUCAAUCGUAGUAGCUGGUUGUUCUAAGGACAUUAAAGUAUUUUAACAUAUAUUAGGGAAACUUGAUUAAAUAUAAUUGUUAAGCUAGCAUACCUAAAAUGUAAAUACUUUAAAUUUUAUGAAAAAUAAAAAUAAUUUUAUAUCUGGUAGUGAUGAUAAUACAAUUAUAAUAUGGUAGAUGAUUAAACAUUAUUAAUGGAAUUUUUAAUAAAUAUUGAAUGGACAUUCAGGUUCAUUAAUUUGUUUAUUGUUGAAAAAUACUGAUGAUCUAAUUAUCUCAGGUAGUUAUGAUAAAACAAUUAAAUUUUGGAUCAAACAGGAUUAAUGGUUGGUUUAAUAAAGCAUAAAUGAUCAUUCUAAUUGUGUAUAUUCAUUAUGUUUGAAUGAACAAUAAAAUAAAGUAAUUUCUUGUUCAAAUGAUAAAUAAAUAUUAGUAAUAGAAUAAUAAAAAUUAGACUAAAAAUGGAUUGUAACAUAAAAGAUAAAAGUGGAUUAAUAUGGAUAUAGAUUAUGUUUCAUUAAUGAUAAUUAAUUUACAUUUUAACCUUAUUGUACCGAAUAAAUGCAAAUAUAUGAGAUUGACAUUAAUAAAAAAUAGUAUAGAAAGACAAAGGAAAUCACUGUAAAUUGUGGUACAAGUAAUGAAUCUUGUUUAUUCCCAUAAUAAUACUUAAAGUCAAGAUGCCUCCUUGUGAAUAAGAAUGGCAAGAAUAUUAAUUUAAUUAGGAAGAAAGAAAAUGGCGAAUUUAUUGUUGAGUAAUCUAUAGAAUUUAGUACUUAUGCUAUUUGUGGAUCAUUAAGUUAAGAUGGAGAAUAUUUAAUAACUUGGGAUGAUAAAUCGUAAGAAAUACAAAUAAGAAAAUGUAAAGAAUGA